GAAAAACAAACGCAGAAGCCCAAGCCAAAGCCAAAGCCAUAUUGGACAAACGGAUCGAAGAUGGAUAGCACCGAAUUUCGAAAACGUGGCAUGGAAAUGGUCGAGUACAUCUGCACUUAUCUGGAAACCCUGAACGAGCGACGGGUUACGCCCAGCGUGGAGCCGGGCUAUUUGAGGCAUUUGCUGCCAUCUGAGGCGCCCCAUGAGCCGGAGGACUGGGACCAGAUCAUGAGCGAUGUGGAGGAUAAAAUCAUGCCUGGUGUGACGCACUGGCAGCAUCCCCGGUUCCACGCCUACUUCCCGGCGGGAAACUCGUUCCCCUCGAUCCUGGGCGACAUGCUCGGCGACGGCAUCGGCUGCAUCGGAUUCUCCUGGGCAGCCAGCCCCGCCUGCACCGAGCUGGAGACGAUCGUCCUGGACUGGCUGGGCAAGGCGAUUGGUCUGCAGGACCACUUUCUGGCCCUCAAGGAGGGCAGCACCGGCGGCGGGGUCAUUCAGACAUCCGCCUCGGAGUGCGUGCUGGUCACGAUGCUCGCGGCCCGGGCCCAGGCCUUGAAGCGGCUAAAGGCCCAGCAUCCCUUCGUGGAGGAGGGCCACCUGCUGUGCAAGCUGAUGGCCUACUGCUCCAAGGAGGCGCACAUCCUCGAGCCGGACGAGAACGCCAGUCUGCGCGGUCAGACGAUCUACGAGGCCAUGGAGGAGGACGAACUGCAGGGCCUGGUGCUAUUCUUUGUGUCCACCACCCUGGGCACCACCGGCUCCUGUGCGUUCGAUAAUCUGCCGGAGAUCGGCAAGCAGCUGGAGAGGUUUCCCGGCGUCUGGCUGCAUGUAGAUGCCGCCUAUGCGGGCAACAGCUUCAUCUGUCCGGAGCUCAAGCCUCUCCUGAAGGGCAUUGAAUACGCCGACUCAUUCAACACGAACCCCAACAAGUGGCUGCUGACCAACUUCGACUGCUCGACUCUGUGGGUGAGAGAUCGCAUCCGUCUGACAUCAGCUCUGGUCGUGGAUCCGCUGUACCUCAAGCACGGCUACUCGGACGCGGCCAUCGACUAUCGUCAUUGGGGAGUUCCCCUCAGUCGGCGGUUUCGUUCGCUGAAACUCUGGUUUGUGCUGCGAUCCUACGGGAUUUCCGGACUACAGCACUACAUACGUCACCAUAUCAAAUUGGCCAAGCGCUUUGAGGAGCUGGUGCUCAAAGAUAAACGCUUCGAGAUCUGUAAUCAAGUCAAGCUUGGCUUGGUCUGCUUCCGCUUGAAGGGCAGCGAUAAACUCAACGAAAAGCUACUAAGCAUCAUCAACGAAUCGGGAAAGCUGCACAUGGUGCCGGCCAGUGUCAACGAAAGGUAUAUCAUACGGUUCUGCGCCGUGGCCCAGAAUGCCACGGCCGAGGACAUUGACUAUGCCUGGGACAUUAUUGUGGACUUUGCCAACGAGCUGCUGGAGAAGGAGCAGCACGACGAGCUGUCCGACAUCAUUAACCGGAAGAAGCAGGACACCUUGGCCCAGAAGCGGUCGUUCUUCGUGCGGAUGGUCAGCGAUCCGAAGAUCUACAAUCCAGCCAUCAACAAGGCCGGCACCCCGAAGCUCUCCAUGGAGCUGCCAUCGCCGGUGGUAAGUCGCGGGAAUGCUCCCAUCAUUCGCACCCAGAGCUCCGUCGACCACAAUUCCUGGAUAUCCUGGCCGCUGGCCUUCCUCUUCAACAGCGGCAACAACGAGGACAAGGGCAACAAUGUCUCGUUGCGCUUCCGACACCUGGAAACCAAUGUGCGUCACUCUUCGUCGCGCCGCAACUCCGGAGCUGGGUCUUCGCCCUCGCCAGAGAAUGAACUGGACAUUGUGAGUGCCCAGCAGGAACAGAGAUCCCCACGCAGGUCGCCCAUGGUCAUGCGCAAGGCAUCUUCCUCUCGCGAUAAUCCCAACUAAGAAUAUCCCACAUAGCCUACACGUAUAUCAAAUAUAUUACGAGUAUAUGCGCCUCCUUUUCCCUG